UCAUCACCAACCGUCUAAGCGCCUUCUGCGAAGCCAACAACAUCCUCCCGGAGGGACAGUGCUGAUUUCGACCCGGGCGAUCCACCGUCAACAUGCUGUUCGUCGUGCGCCGCCUCCAGGAGCUGGGGCGGAGAAAGAAAAUACCGCUCUACAUGUGCUUCGUCGACUUGAACAAGGCGUAUGAUUCGGUGGACCGAGAGAUGCUAUGGAAGGUGCUGGCCAGGGCCGGGAUUCCCGCGAAGCUGAUCGAAGUCAUCCGCCAAUUCCACGAUGGAAUGCGGGCCCGGGUGCGCAUGGACGACGGAGAACUAUCGGACUGGUUCUUCGUGACACAGGGCGUGCGACAAUGAUGUGUGCUAUCCCCACUGCUGUUCAACAUCUUCUUCGCGGAGGUCCUCGAGGUCGUUGUCAUCCGAUUCAGCGAGGAUGAUGUUGUUCUGCGGAGCCUGGUGUGCUUGGAGGAGGGGAAGACGGAAGCGGGGGGGGGGGAGGAGACACCCCUUGAUCGAGUACGGAGGGCAGUAUGGGGGAUGCUGUAUACCGAUAAUGCCGGCGUUGUAUCGAGGUCUGCAGAAGGACUGGCGAGAAUGAUGACCAUCAUCGUUGAGGUGUUCUGUGUGCCUUUUCUGUCUCUUAUUUCUUGUUAUUUUCGGCCUGGUCCCUUUUUCUCCUCGCUCUUUUUAUCUCAUUAUCUCUUUCCAUACUGCUGUUUCCUUUUAUUUUCUUCUCUUUUUCUGUGCCAGAUGGCCUUGUCUCUGCUUGCGUUGUGAAGUACCAAGAUUGAACCAAGGGGGUGUACCUCAUUCUCUCCGGCCCGUGAUGGUGACUCCUAGUCUCAGUUGUUACCUCGCAUAGCGCGCAGAGGGAGUGGAGGACUCCAGAAUAUCUGUCGUUGAUUUCUAUUGACUUGCGUACCCCUCGGGGCCAUUUUAUUUUAGUGUACCUUUUUAGGGUAAGUUAGCUUGCGACCACGGGAAUCAACCGCGUCGAGUGUUGGAUCAGCACGGACAUACGAAGGUACUGGGUAGAGAGAGAUCGGAACCGUGUAUAAUGUGAAGAUAACAACAACAACAACAACAACAACCUGGCUGUCGAUCGCCAGCGCCGGGCCUACAUACUUGUCCGUGAGUACAACGCCCUAAAGAUUUCGCGAGUCGAACGCCGAAAUUCAUCCCUGCUGGACGCCAUUCACAAACUCCCUCAGUUUACCGUUGGCGGGUGGUCUUGGGUGUACAACACGGCUGCUACAAUUCGACAGGGUGUACAGCAGGACGUGGACCAACAGGUGCUCAAGGCCAAAUUCGCACUUUCCUGGACGGGGCCCUACAAAGUUCUUGCGGUGGGUCCCGCCUCUGCCGACGAAACUCCGGACGGCCGCCCGUUGGCGCGUAAACUCCUCUACCUGGACCUGCCUUCCGAUCUUUCCGGCCCGGCAGCUCGUUGUCGCGUGUCU